AUGUCUCCCAACGUCAAUAACGUAUUCUCCGGAAAAGAUUCGCUUUUGCAAUACUACGAUCCCGAUUGUAAUCCAAUGCUACCACUAGUGGAAAUCCCCAAUCACCCAUUUGAAAGCGACCAUGUUCGCAUCUAUGCGAAGAUGUUGACAUGUCUUCCGGCGGCCAACGUGAAGCUUCUUCCUGCACUGAACAUGCUGCGUAGAGCGAAGGAGCAAGGGAAGAUAAACUUGGCCACGAAGAUCGUAGAGUAUUCGUCCGGGAGCACAGUCACUUCCCUCGCGAUUCUAGGCCGUAUCAUGGGUCUCAAGGGUGCUAUUGCAUAUGUCUCGAACAAGACGAGUCAGGCGAAACUAGACCUCCUUCGAUUCUUUGGUCUAGAAACAAAACUGUUUGGUGGACCUGGCCAACCGAGUCCCACAGACAAAAACGGAGGUAUCUAUAGGGCAACAGUCGACGGUGAAGCUGAUGAUUACUUCAAUCCAAGCCAGUAUCUUAAUCCCGAUAAUUAUUCUGCCCACCAACGAUGGACAGGUCCGCAGAUAAUUGACCAGCUUCCGAAUAUUUCAAUCUUCGCAAGUGGGAUGGGUACAACAGGAACUAUGACAGGGACUGGCCUGUACCUCAAGAGUGUGCAGCCGAAAGUUGUAAACGUUGGUGUCUGCACUGCGCCGGGUGACCUGGUCCACGGGCCACGAAAUUUUUCCCUGGUCGGAAGUAUCAAUUUCCCUUGGCGAGAUGCUAUUGAUGCGCUGGAAGAAGCAUCCGCGUUUGAGUCGUUUGAAGCAAGCUUGGACUUGUGCCGACAGGGGCUUCUUUGUGGUCCUAGCUCAGGGCUGUCAAAAACGGGUCUCUACAAAUAUUUGGAAAGAGCCAAGACGAACGGAGGGUUAGAUGCUCUGAGAGCCGAGGACGGCUUCGUUUACUGUGUCUUCACAUGCUGUGACCUCCCAUAUCAAUAUGUCGAAGAAUACUACAAAAUUCUCGGAGAAAGCUACUUCCUGCCCAUUCAUGACCAUGAAUUACUCAAUGUCGACUCUUAUCCGUAUCAGCUCGAGUGGGAGCUCUCGGCGAUGGACGCUUUCCAACGAAUAUUCCCUGAUGCGACAUCCGUUUCGACAUUACCCGGGUCCACGGCCCGUUCUGAUAUUAUUACGCCCAAGAACGUGAUUGUCCUCGACAUCCGAUCCACAGCUGACUUCGUGGCUGCUCACAUCACUGGCGCCCUCAACAUCGAUAUCGGCAAUGCGGGAGCCCCGAAUCCCUUUCUCGACGCAUCCACAAUGGUCACACAAUGGACGACACUGAACACACGUUUGUCUUCCGAAGAUCCUGAGUUUGGCGAGGUGCUCGAAGGGGCGACCGUCAUUGCGCUGUGCUAUAGCGGCGCAACCUCGCGUGUGGCGACCAGCGUGCUUCGGCACCGGGGCGUCGAGGCAUUUUUCUGCGUGGAUGGUACACAAGCAUGUUUGGACCUCGCUCAGAAUGCGGGAUACGUGAAGGUGUAG